GAAUAUGUAGGAAUUGCUCUGUGAUGCCCAUGGGUCCAAUAUCGAGAAAGGCGCCGCAUUAACUGGCCUCAUAUUUGAAUCGAAUUAGGGAGAUGCACAUGUCUAUAUAUGUAAAGCUUUCAAUUGUAUCUAUCUACCUACAUACAUAUAUAAACACGUAAUGGGCCAGUGAAGCAGUACUUGUGCAGAGUGCAGACAUAAUCGCUGUAGUCGUAUUAUGCUCAUCCUUUUCUAGAUUACAAAGAGAGAGAGAGAGGAGAGAGAAACAGGCAAACUAUUGAUGAUGGCAGCGGGAGAGGAAGUUUGGAGUGCCAGAAAGAGAGAGUACAUGACAAGAAGAGAGGAUAAGGAGAGAGAGAGAGAGAGCGUGUGCAACAGCUAGAGAGAGAGGAGAGGAAUAGAGAGAGUGAAGAACAGAGGAUAGGGAGCAAGAGAGUGACAUGGAAGGACAGAACAGAGGAAUGGCUCUGUGAUGCAGCAAUUAGAGGGGAUAUAGAAUCACUAAAGGAAAUAAUGAAAAUAGAUUAUUAUAUCCUGGAUAAAGUUUUGGUGGGAAGUUUCAAAGGGAAAAAUCCUCUUCACAUUGCUACAUCAACAGGGCAGAAAGAAUUUGUUCUAGAACUUUUGGAGUAUAAAGAAGAUCUUGCUAAAGCUGUGGACAAGGAAUUAGGCACGGCCCUUCACAUAGCAUCCUCUGAGGGGUAUUUAGAGAUUGUGGAACUUUUAGUGAGAGUCAGCCCUGAGAUGUGCGUGGCUUGUGAUCGAGAAGGUAAUAACCUUCUUCAUAUCGCUGCUAUGAAAGGUAAGGUCGAAGUAUUGGGGUUGUUGCUUCAAACCAACACCUACGCAGCUCGAGUUAUGGUGGAUCGAGGUGACAAUAUUUUGCACUUGUGUGUAAAAUAUAAUCAACUUGUGAGUCUGGAACUACUGCUAGACAAGGUUGGAGAUGAAGAAUUCGUCAAGUCUACCGAUAUCAAUGGCAACAACAUAUUGCAUCUCGCUGUUUUUUUUAAACGAUAUGAGAUUAUCGAACAUCUGCUUAAGUGGCUAAGAAAAAAAGAAGCAGAAAACAUGUUCUUUGGCCAGAUCGGAAUAAAGACGUGCUUUCGCGGUGAGCCUUGUCAAUUGAUAGAUGUGAAUGCAAGAAAUAGAAGUGGGUGGACGGCGCUGGAUAUUUAUGACCGAGUAGCAAAGAGUGAUGAAUACAAGAAUAUCCGACACCUCCUAGAGAUAUCUGGGGUUAUAAGAUCCGACAAACUUUUUUUCCCAUUCGAUCCUUAUUGGCAGAAGAAGAAAAAGGACACAUUAAUAAUCGUAUCAUCGUUGAUGGCGACGAUGUCAUUCCAAGUCGGGAUCAACCCUCCUGGCGGUGUUUGGCAAGAUACAUCAGCAGGACACGAAGCCGGAAAAGCUGUAAUUGCUUAUACCAAUUCCAAAGCGUAUCCGUACUUAAUGUACUUCAACACGGUAGGAUUCCUUCUGUCUCUGACUACCAUUUUGGAGCUCAUUGUUGUUCUGCCAACACAAAAAAGGACUUUUGGGUUUAUUCGAGCUGGGAUCUUGUGGUUGACGAUUAUGAUCAUGAUGUUCGCUUAUACCUUUUCCGUCAUUGUUGUCUCGCCCACGCAGAUGUCUAAGUCCAUAAUCGACAUUGUCAUUUUUGUCACUGUUAUAGCGUGGGCCGUUGGGGUAACAUUUCUCCGCGUACUACCAUACCAGGUUCAAUUCCUACUACUUGGCGUGAUAGAAUGGAGUCUAUAUUUGAUAGGAUGUACACUAUUCACGAUAUGUUUGGCGCUAUGGCUACCUUUUGCUUUGAUUUUAGUGGUACGUGACGAGGUAAUUUCUCCAAUUAAGUCCACUGAAAGAACUGACCAGUUGACUGGAGAUACGGCCUCAACACCAAAUCCAACUGCAGCUAGCCAGAACGACUCGGCGAGUGUUUCGAUCCCGGAGUAAUUAUUCAAUGGUCUUUGGCAGUGUCACAUUCAUGUCCCAAUACUCUUCCUCACCACACAUUCAUGUGGGAUCCAUACGUUUUAUCCUAGAUAGAAAUGUGUAUUGGAAAUUAAAUGGUUUUAAGUCACCCCACGUGUCGGUAUCCCAAUGGCACCCAAUAAUUGUUCUUGGAUCAUAUCAUGCUAGUGAGUUUUUUUAUGCUAGGAAAGUGCGAGCUAUAAGACACUUUUUCUUUUUGCGUGUCCUCAUUGUAUUUGUACUUUGUGGUUGUGCUACAAAUUUAAGUUAAUUGUGUCGUGAAUCUAAUCAUAUUUGUGUUAUAUUAAUAA